AUGUUUUCCCUUUGUCAAGGGGAAAAAGAACCUGAAUUGGAAAGAAGGAUAAAAAUCAAUGAUCCUGCCUUCAAUGCGCAGUUCAGAUACGCGAUACAUUUCGGUUAUCUGAAUGACAAGGACAAGAUCAUUGAGCGAUGCACUGUUCCAUACGUAUCUAUUGACAACUACAUCAAGACGUCAAAAUACACUCCGCUGACUUUCGCACCUUUGAACUUGUUCGAGCAGUUCCAACGCUUGGCCAAUUUCUAUUUCCUAUGUCUGCUCAUUCUGCAGCUGAUUCCAAUCAUUUCGUCCCUGACGCCGAUAACGACAGCAGUUCCGCUCAUUUUUGUACUUUCAAUCACCGCAAUCAAGGACGCAUAUGAUGACUGGCAACGACACAGGAGCGACUCUCGGGUGAACAAUAGGAAAGCAUAUCUGCUAAAGGAAGGACGAUUGACCGAAGAACGGUGGAGCAGAGUGCAAGUUGGCGAUAUCAUCAAGUUAUCCAACGAUGACUUCGUCACGGCAGAUUUGCUGCUUUUGUCGACCUCGGAACCCAAUGGGUUGUGCUACAUUGAAACUGCCGAGCUUGAUGGAGAGACGAACCUGAAAUCACGGCAGUGUCUGGCGGAAACAAGCGAUCUGGGUCAGGAUGACGCCGCGUUAGGGCACUUCGACGCCAAAAUAUAUUGUGAGGCACCCAACAACAAUUUGUCGCGUUUUGAGGGGACAAUGGAAUGGCAAGGCGAAAAGUUCGCGUUGGAUAACGAUAAGGUGCUUUUACGCGGCUGCAUUCUGCGUAAUACGCAAUGGUGCUACGGUGUCGUGAUCUUUGCCGGAAAGGAUACAAAGCUGAUGAUGAACUCCGGGAAGACCAAGUUCAAGCGCACGUCCAUAGAUAGACUCAUGAAUGUGCUCAUUCUUGGAAUCGUUUUUUUCCUCGUGAUGAUGUGCUUACUUUGCACGGUUGCGGCCGGAAUUUGGGAAUCCCAAAUCGGAUAUCACUUCCAAUCGUUCCUGCCGUGGGACUCGCUCGUGCCCGAGGAAGCCACCAGCGGGGCCACUGUGAUAGCCAUCCUAAUUUUCUUCUCCUACCUCAUCGCUCUCAAUACCGUCGUGCCUAUUUCACUAUAUGUCAGUGUGGAGAUAAUUCGCCUCGCACAGAGCUUACUCAUCAACUGGGACGAGAAAAUGUACUAUGAAGAAAAGGACACUCCAGCGAAAGCUCGUACAACGACUCUCAACGAAGAAUUGGGCCAAAUCGAGUACAUUUUCUCCGAUAAGACCGGAACACUGACUCAGAACAUCAUGACAUUCAACAAGUGUACUGUAAGAGGCACAAUGUAUGGUGAUCCUACUCCUGUGAUCGAUCCGAGAACAGGACGUUCACAUGUUCCUGAUCUUGAGGAGGCUCCGUUGGUUGAUUUCUCAGCCAAUGCCUACAGUGAGCCGGAUUUUAAGUUCUAUGAUCCGCACUUGUUGGAAAACAUCAACAAGGGUCAAAAAGAUGUUCAAGAAUUUUUCAGACUGCUUGCGCUCUGUCACACUGUGAUGCCCGAGGAGAAGAAUGGUGCUCUAAUCUAUCAAGCACAAUCACCGGACGAGGCUGCAUUGGUGUCCGCAGCCCGGAAUUUCGGUUUUAUUUUCAAAGAGCGGACGCCCAACACUAUCACCACAAUAGAAAUGGGGGAGGAAAAAAAGUACGAAUUACUGUGCAUCUUGGACUUCAACAAUGUGCGGAAGCGAAUGUCUGUGAUAAUCAGGUGCAACGGAGCUAUUAAGCUGUACUGCAAGGGUGCGGACAGCAUUAUUUAUGAACGUUUGGAAUCUGGCAAGAAUCAGCUUCAUCAAAAAACCUUGGAGCACUUGAAUAUGUUCGCGGGGGAAGGAUUGCGGACACUGGUGUUGGCCUCGAAAGAUUUGGAUCCUGCCUUUUUUGAGGCUUGGAAAAAGCGUCAUCUAGAAGCUUCGGUAUCGCUAGAUAACAGAGAAGAGCGAUUAGAUGCUGUUUACGAGGAGAUUGAGAGAGACAUGUCGCUGAUUGGAGCAACAGCUAUUGAGGAUAAGCUGCAGGACGGUGUCCCACAAACGAUUGCCAAUCUAGCCCAGGCCGGUAUCAAGAUCUGGGUGUUGACCGGCGAUAAACAAGAGACCGCGAUCAACAUCGGCUACUCCUGUGAGCUUCUAACCGACGAUAUGCAUGAUGAAUUCAUCGUCGACGCGUCAACCUACAAAGACGUUGAAACACAGCUGACCAAGUAUCGCGAGAUUCUUCGCAACGGCGAAGGAAAAAACUUGAAGGACAUGUCCGUUGUGACGUUCAGUGAGCGAUCGCAAAGUGAGGAGACGUUGGAGGAAGCGGUUGGCUCGCCCGGCUACGCGCUGGUCAUAAACGGCCACUCCUUGGUUCAUGCGUUGAACUCGAGAAUGGAGCGGAUGUUCCUCGAUGUAGCCACGAGAUCGGCACAUAUUGGCGUGGGUAUAAGCGGUCAAGAAGGGUUGCAAGCAACGCUGUCGUCUGACUUCAGUAUAUGUCAGUUCCGUUUCCUCGAACGGCUAUUGUUGGUGCACGGGCGCUGGUCCUACUUGCGGAUGUGUAAAUUUUUGCGGUACUUUUUCUACAAGAACUUUGCCUUCACGCUGUGCCAUUUCUGGUAUGCUUUCUUCUGCGGGUUCUCUGCUCAGGCGGUGUAUGAUCCAUUUUUCAUUUCCUGCUACAAUUUGUUCUACACGUCGAUGCCGGUGCUUGCAUUGGCUGUGUUCGACCAAGACGUGAAUGAUUUCUAUUCGGUAAAGUAUCCGAAGUUGUACACGCCGGGAAUCAAGAACCUGUUGUUCAACAAGGCCGAGUUCUUCAAGAGCGUCAUGCUGGGUGUCAUAACGUCGUCUGUGCUCUUUUUCAUCACCUAUGGUGCGUAUCACGAUGCUUUGGCUCCUGAAGGCCACGUGACGUCGGAUCUCAUGCUUUUCGGUUCCGUUCUUGCCACGAUACUUGUGAUUGUUGUUACCGUACAAGUGGCACUGGAGACCGCGUACUGGACGAUAAUAAAUUUCAUCACGUUAUUUGCGUCGUUACUGUGGUACUUCACCCUGACUUAUGCCUAUUAUUACAUUUUCGGGUCGUCGUACAUCGGAUCGUUGAAGAAAAGUCCAUACGUUCAUCAACUAGGCUAG